UUUAUUAUUUUCCUUUGCCGAUCGUAAACAAACAACUGUUGCUUAGCAACAAAGAAAUACAACAUUUAAGAGCAAAACAUAAACAUUUAUUUUUUCAACCAUAUUACCUUUAACGGUAACUAACGUUAACGAUUUCAAUGAUGGAUUGGGCGGAAGAAUUAAAACUAUCUAUACGAAAGAAAACUGCACGUAAAGGACGGCGUUCGAAGAGCCGUGAUCCAAUUGGCGGUGCCUCAACCAGUAUCAACGUAACAAAUGCCAAUCAAAAUGAAAAAGAAAUAACCAUCGAUAUAACAUUAGAUUUGCAAAAGAAUUCCAGUACUGCGGCCAGUGAAGAAACCGAUGGCGGCUCCAAAAAGCCACCGCCACGACGCAUAUCAGGUGGUUGGGCUGAUGUUGGCUUAUUGAAAAGUUCAAAAACUAAAAAAGGUGCUUCAUUUGAUGAUGAACGCUUCCAGAAUGUGUCGCUCGCAAGGUCUCCUGUUGGCUCACCGCCGCGAGAUGAAAUACCGACUAUACCGGACAUGGAUGAUUUGAAAGAUGAGAUUUUACUUAAUGAAAUCGUUGAACCACCUAUUUCUAACACCAAACGUUUAAACACUUUGAGCGAAAUCAAUUCGGAUUUACUGAAUCAAAGUGCAUUUGCUUCAUUGGAAAAUGUUGAUCUUACGAUAUUGACACGCUGUCUAAAAUUACCUGACACUUUGGACGAACCGGACGAAGUAUGGGAAUGGGAUAAAUUAUUUACGGAAGUAAUUGCCGAAAUUCAUUCGGAUCAACAAAGUUUUGCCGGUGGACACAAAAAAGAAAUUGGUCCAGAUGAAAUUCCACCGCCCAUGUACUCUUAAUUUUACAUUCGUACAAAAUCGAAUAUUAUAUGGUAUAUAUAUUUUUAAAAUUAAAUUUAUUAAGCUAUAA